AUGGAAGGGUAGAAAGAAGCUAUACAAAAAUAAGAAGAAAAACUUGAGAGGGAUAGGUAGAAACUAAUUGAUUUCCAACAAGCAGGUAUAGCUGAUACUAAUCUAUAAGAUAAUAUCUAUUGUCAAGAAAAACCUAGCAAGUUCCGUAAAUAGUUUGAGAGUGAAAAUGUAGUCACUGAAGAUGACAAAUUUGUAAAGCAAUGGUUAACUAGAGAAAUUUAUGAGGAAUAUAGUAGAAAAGAUGACCUUGAAAGAGUCGAAAUGAUUGAAAACCUUAUCUUAGAAGAUAAAAUUAACAUUGCUCAUACAUAUAUUUAGAAGAUAACCUUCAGAUAAUCAGAUAAAGAUGACUAUUGA